CAGAGCGCUGGGGCCAUGGCUGAGCCGCAGGAGCAGCUGCUGCAGCUGCAGAAGGACAACCGCGAUGGCCGCCUGCGGAAGCAGGAGCUGGAGGAGCUGGUGCGUGGGCUGGAAGCCGAGAGCGAGAGCCUCACCGGGCGCUUGGACGAGCUGCGGGAGCGCGAGCGCAGCCUGCAGCGAAGACGAAGUCAAACAUCCCGAGCUAUUCGAGGGGAGGCACGCGAGGCGGCGCGGGAGCGUGCGGAGCGGGCUCGUGGGCUGCUGGAGGCCGCGGAGCAGCACCGGCAGGACCUGGAGCAACACAAUCGGAAGCUGCAGGAACAGUGGGAGGAACUGUCCAGCCAGCUUUUCUACUAUGGAGGGGAACAGCUGAGUCAACAGCGAGCAGAGCAGCAACUCGGAACUCAGCUUGUGGCGCUGCAGAAACAUCUGGAGCUGGCGGAGGCCAAAUUCAGCAUGCAGGCCGAGGACCUGCGGCAGGGUACGCAGCGCACAGAAGAGGCCUGGGCCAGCUUCCAGGAGCAGAGUGGAGUCCUGCAGGAGCUGCAGGGGAAGGUGAUGGAAGCAGCAGCUGCACUGGAGGCUACGCGCAGUGGCUCAGAACCGUGGAACUCACAGCCUCGCCGAGUGCAGGACUGCUCGGGCUCACUUAUGGAGGAGGUGGCCAGGGCUGACUGCGAAAAGCGGCUGUUCGGCGGGGCGGGCGCGGGGAGCCUCAGGCUGUGGGCGCUGAGCGCACUGCAGACACUGCUGCUGCUCCCGCUGGGUUUCCUGGUGCUGCCGCUGAUCUACUUGGUGUUGGCACGACCUGACGCCAUCGGCCCGGGGCUCCAGAGUCUCGGCUCCGACGCGGUCUUCCGCCGGCUUCGCUACACGCUGUCGCCAUUGCUUGAGCUACGUGCUCGCGGGCUGCUGCCCGCCUAGAACGCAUU